AUGGAUAGAAGGUCUGCUAGAAUAAAAGCAGAGUUGCAAAGAUAUGGUUGGAGAGUUUCAAAGAAUUUUAAAUAUAGGAAGGGAAGACCCAUAAAAGUCUAUGACAAAUUGUCUGGUCUGACCUAUGAAAUGGACUUGGAAACAGCACGCGCAAAUUAUCCAAACAGACUAGAGAGAUUAGAAGAAGAGCGUCUUAUGAACUUGCCUUUCGAUGUUAGUGAGCCGCAGGUUGAAGGACACGACGGCUUUGCCAGGUUCUACUGGAAACAUAACGAACAGUUGCAUCCUUUGAGAAGGAAAAAAGGAAAAGGUGAAGACAAACAUGCUCCCAUGGAAAGAACAAGAUAUGCAUAUGAGAAGUACCGUGAAGUUAGAAGUCAAAUUACAUCUGGUCGAACCUUUACAGUAAACUUUGACGAAGGAAAGAACAAAGAAGGCUUCAUGGGAGUACUUGCUGCCAUUCAAGAUGGAAAUAAGAAAGGAUACAAUCUCAGACUAACUAUAACAGAUUUGGACGGUCAUAUAUACUAUGCACAUGGCAAUGUCACAACAGCCGCACAACUUCUUGACGCUUUCAAGACUACAAAGAGAGAACAAAUGGUUGACUCCGACUCAGACAUUUUGAAUGCAAUUGAAGGAAUUGUAAGUGUAAAGUUCGAACGAUACCAACCUAACCCUCAAGCAGUCAGACAACAUGUUUGUUAG